CUGUUAGCAUGCUAAUCGGCUGCUAGGUGAGGACAGCAUGCUAACGGCUAAUAGGUUAGCGCGGACAAUUAAUCAUAUUCCUGCAAAACCGGAGGUACUCAAGUCGUUUGUGAUGGUUGCUAUGCAGAUUUUGUGUCAUUCUCCAGCCGUAGAUCCUUACAAACCUCGGGUUUCUGGCUGUUAAAUGCGUCUUACAUCUGAAAUGGUCCAGCCGUAGCCGCGGUUCUGUUAGCUGUCCGCGCUUCUUACAGCCCUGGUACCGACUAUUUCCUGAAGAAUCCAUGAAGCAUUCGGACUUGAAUCGCCGAUCGUGGCUGCGCUAGUGUGCAGCGUUUCGCUCUCGGCUCGGAGGUUUCCAUAACAACAACUACGACUACUAGCUAGGCAAGUGUGGCUCGUGUGCGAGUCCAGCAGCAGCAGGGAACGGAACGCGCUUCGGGAGGCAGACCGUGGCACCGGCAGGUCUGCUCUGAAUUGACGCGCUGGCGCAGGUCGUGGGCUGUCCGUGGACAAUGCGCGACAGUGGCGGUAGCUUGGCCCAGAACCGCUGGCAGGGAGAUCUGGGCCUGACUGCUGUGGGGCAGGACGGCACCGGCGGAGGUGGGAUUCCAGGAGACCACCUGAUCGUCCCGGUGUCGGGCCACAGCGUUUCCAGCCCCAUGCAGCUCAGGCUGGGCCAGAAGGAGAAGCUGUGGACGGGCGAGUAUAUAGAGGAGGAGGAAGAGGAUGGCAUGGAAACGAUGGGCGAUGAAGAAGAAUUGACAGAUGUGUACUCGGAGGACCUGGGGGAGUUUGAGGCCAAGGCCUGGAAGGACAGCGGGAAGGAGGAAAUCAAAGACGUGGAAGUGGAGGAGAGCCAGAAGAAGCUGGAGUGGGACGUCCCAGAUUUCCCAUCCCAGUCCUCCCAGCAGCUUCGCGUUCUGCAGCAUCACGGAGCAGAAGAACAGCCGGAUCAGUCCAGUGGGGUCAGAGGAGACGACCUUCCCUCCCCAGCUGCAGCCAGGAGGCCACGCCCCAGAUGGCACAGGGUUCAGAGGGGCAGGUACGUUCAGGCCCACGGAGCUCUCGGACAUCUGCUCGCCAUGCGCUGGCGGACCCGGUGCAAGAGGCGCCAGCUGACGAGCUCGCACAGGUUGCAGUGCUCCAACUUGUCCAGCAGGCGGAGGAAGAUGAGGAGAUACGAGCAGGCUCCCUACAGCGAGGAGGAGGACAGCAGCGAAGAGGCGUUCACAGCCUCCUGCAGAGACAAGCCGAUGAACGGCCCUUCCUCGCACAAACUACACGAAGGAUCAAAAAAGGCGGUGGAGGUGAAGCCCGUGGAAGUGGCGCUGAGCGAGGAGCACGCCAGCUGUGUAACUGGGAUUCUGCAGGAGUGUCUGCAGCAGUACGGGAGUUUGAUUCCCGUGCACAUAGACGACGUGGUGGAAAAGCUGCAGGACCUUUUCAAGGAGAACUUCUCACAGCCCCACAGGAAAGCUAUGGUCCAGCACCUCAUGCAGUCCUUCCAGCGCACGUCAGGAUCAGCCGUGGCCAAAACAUUCAGAGUCAACUACAAGAGGCACGUUCUGACCAUGGACGACCUGGGAACGCUGUAUGGACAGAACUGGCUCAAUGACCAGGUGAUGAACAUGUAUGGUGACCUGGUCAUGGAUUCUGUUCCAGAUAAGGUCCAUUUCUUCAACAGCUUCUUCUAUGAUAAGCUCAGGACAAAAGGAUAUGAAGGAGUAAAACGGUGGACAAAGAAUGUGGACAUCUUUCAGAAAGAUCUGCUGCUGAUUCCCAUCCACCUGGAGGUGCACUGGUCUCUGGUCAGCGUGGACAUCCAGCAUCGAGCCAUCACAUAUUUUGACUCCCAGCGCACCCUCAACAGGCGCUGCCCCAAGCACAUUUUCAAGUACCUGCAAGCUGAAGCCGUCAAGAAGAACCAGCAGGACUUCCUGAGUGGCUGGAAAGGCUUUUUUAAAAUGAACGUGGGGCGCCAGAACAACGACAGUGACUGUGGAGCGUUUGUACUGCAGUACUGCAAGUGUCUGGCUCUGGGGCAGCCCUUCAGCUUCGGCCAGCAGGACAUGCAACGGCUCCGGAGGCAAAUGUACAAAGAACUGUGCCACUGCAAGCUCAUCCUGUGACCCGACGGCGAGGAGGCUCAGCACGGAGUCGGGGGACAACGGGGACGGGACACUUGGAAGAGCCUGAUCGGGAACUCUGCCGGCUCGAUCACGUGACGCCGUUGUCCUCCUGUGGUUGGUCGGCCCUCCUCUCCUCCCCCUCUGGAACUGCGUACGGACUUCCUCGUCAGUCGGGAACUUGCCUUUUUUUUCCGGGUCGGCUCCAGGUGGCCUGGUGCUGAGGGGGGGGGGGGUGGAUCAGAAUGUGGUGGUUUUUCCUGAAUGCAGAGAGGAGUGCGGUUGAACAUCACUGUUUGGCAGACGCUUCCAUCGCUCCGGACGCACUCAGCAGCUGCAGUCCCCCACACCCCCCCAGACAAGAACGAUGUUCAUCCAGAACUCAGACGCUGCGUUUUCCUGCGUCACGCUACGGUUUCACGAGCUCUGGAGCAGAGGCAGGUUUUCGCUGUACAUUCUGCAGGUGGCACCGCCUGCCGUCCUCGGCCACAAACUCCGCCUUCAUUACCAACAUGAGCGCAUCUUUGGAGACGGGAUCUGCGUCCAGCGACGCACCUGAGAGCCAGCAGGACUCUGAGGGCCGACAGUGUAUCACAUUUAUCUUUUUACUGUGUUUUUUUGCUGUCAGUGAACAUGUGAUAUGCUUUGUCUUUUUGUUUGUUUUACCAAUGUUUCCAGGACGACAACUCUGUGUUGCUUUGGCCGUUGAAUAUUUGUUUGAAGAGAAGCCAUUCUGGAGAGGACCACAGCAGGCGCAGCACGUCCACCACGGAGCUGCAGAGCUUUUUUUUUGUUUCGUUUUUUUUUUUUUUUUUUUGAAUAAAGAGGAACGAGUCUUCUUCCUUGUUGCAGUGUUUCAUCUGCAUAGACGAUGCAGACUUGCUUUCUAUGGUCGGGACGCGUUACGUUGCUAAAAUAAAAGUUGAUGGCAAACAG